CUUUGUUACUUGGUAACGAAUCUUCAUCAUCAUCUUGAUUCUUCUUCCUUGAAAAAUAUUUGCCUGGUGGAUUCAAGUGGAUUAAUAAAAAUCUUCAUCCAAAGAUUAACGGGAGUAAUUCAAAGAUGAAGUUAAUCUUGUAUAUUGUUCAUCACUUGAUCAUCUUAAUUGUGUUAAUCAGUUGGAGUCCAACGGAACUGUACCAAGAACCAAUCAACAUCGAUCAAGAUCUAAUCCGUCGUUGGGCAAAUGAUUUAAGUAAAAAUCUUAACCAAUAUAUAUCACAGGAAUUGUGUUAUGAUCAAAUCAAUGAGAAAUUCGCAAUGAGUGAAGCUACAGUGGUUAAGCAAGAUACCGAAGUGUUAAUGGCCGAGAUUAAAAGUAAAUUGGAAUUGAUGUUCCAAAAGAAGAAAACUCUUGCCAUGAACAUAGUUCGAAGAGCCGAAGAGUUAGCAGAGAAACAUAUUUAUGAUUCGAAUUUGAAAUUCGAUUUUCCGGAAGUCAAAAGACUUUACGAACCUGAUUUGGUUCUAACCAAUACUUCAGUUCCACCGAUUAAGUUAAAAAUAGAAACACCCAAAGAAGAAGAAGAGUGGAGAAAAUCAUGGGAAGAUCCGAGAUUCUUUUCAGUUCAUGUCGAGACGGAUGAACAUUUCAAAGGAAUCGCAGUGAAUAAUAAAAUGUCCGCAGUCCAUCUUCCCGUUAAUGUAUAUUAUGGCCGGAAUACGACCAAGAAUAGCAUCAAGUGGUCUUCGGGAUUAGAUAAAGUGUUUACUUCCAAUCAUGAAUAUGAUCCUGACUCUUAUUGGCAAUUUUAUUGCUCCAUUGAUGGUUUUCUCCGCGUCUAUCCUUUACAUCACUGGCGAUACCCUGAUUUCUUCAUGAAAUCAGCUCCAACGCCACCACCAAAUCAGCCACAAUACAUUAAACCACUUGACCUUUAUGACUGCAGAGUGACCCAAUGGUUCAUUCGAGCCGCGGCCUCACCCAAAGAUAUGGUUAUACUUAUUGACACCAGCGGAUCUAUGAAAGGCCAAAGACAGGCGAUCGCUAAAGAAGUAGUGGUGAAUAUAUUGGAGACCUUAACAGAGAACGAUCAUAUUGGUGUAUUUAACUAUUCAUCUCGAAUCGAGUCGAUUGUGGAUUGUUUCAAAGAAAAUCUUGUACCUGCAUCCAGGCAGAACCUCCAGUUAUUCCGUGAGGCAAUUUCGUCAUUACGAGUUAACAAUCAAUCGGAAUUACUUUUAGCUUUAACCAAAGCUUAUAACAUUCUGUUAAGUGCCCGUCGAUCAGGAACAGGAGCUCAAUGCAAUCAGUUGAUUAUGUUGGUAACCGAUGGAGUCUCUGAAGAUCUGCAAAAAGAAUUGGCUAAAAUUGAUACUGAUCAUCGGAUCCGUAUUUUCACCUAUUUAGUUGGUAAAGAAAUAACGGAAAUUAUGCCAACGCGAAAUUUGGCCUGUAAUAAUCGCGGGAGAUUUUCUCACAUAAAAGACUUCUCUGAUAUUCGAGAACAUGUUCAGCAAUAUGUGGCUACUUUGAGCCGUCCAAUUGUGCUACUCCAAGGGAAUAAAUCGAUCGAGGAGAGGCCAUACAUUUAUACUGCCGUUUAUGCAGAUCACACGGAAAUUGAUUUAGCUCCAUGGAUCUGGGAUGCAUUGGAACGAUCAACGAUUCGAGAAGCUUACCAAAGAAGAUUAAUUCGAUUACAGGAAGCAAAAGGUGAUGAUGUUUUGAAUACUCGUUACACUAUCGAUUCACCGGAAGAGAAAGACUACGAAGACGAUUUGGAGAAAAAGAUGGCAUCAGAAGAUGAUUCAGUUCCUUUGAGAACGGCAAGAGAAACGGAGCCAAAUAGCAAGAGUGUCGAUGGAACAGAGGAAGUCAAAGCAAAUGGAGGUGAAGAGCAAGUGAAUAAUUCUGAAGGCACAAUUAAUGGGAAACCGAACAUUGAACCGAAAAAAGAAAAGUUUAAGCCUCGGGUUCCAUUCGAUCUGAUGACAACAAUUGCAAUUCCAGUCUUAAAUCGUAGGAACUCAACACUUUUAGGUGUUGCUGGUGUUGAUGUUCCGCUAAAUGAAAUAAUCAAAUUGAUUCCAAGUUAUAAGAUUGGUGUAAAUGGUUAUUCGUUCAGUAUCAAUAACAAUGGUUUCGUUCUUUAUCAUCCAGACCUUCGCACUCUGUUUCAAAAUCUAUUAAAGCCCUAUUACAGCUCAGUUGAUAUUCUGGAAGUUGAGAUUGCUGAUAAUAAAAAGGAAUCCAGGCAAUUUAGUCCUGAUUUAAUUGAGAUGCGGAAAAAUAUGAUCUAUCGGAAGCCUGAUUGUCGAACAUUAAAAGUUAAAUUGCACGUCGAUUCAAUGAAACGAGGGAUGACAAGAUUAAAUAAAUUCUGCUGGACUGCAAUCAAUGACACACCCUUUACAACGGCUAUUGUUUUACCAGAGACUUAUGGCCUCAGUACAAUAAAAGGCCAAUUGGAUGCAACCAGUUAUCCCGAUUAUAGUAAAUACUUCACUUCCAAUGAUUGGUAUGUCCACCCUGAUUGGGUUUAUUGUUAUGUUAAUCCUCGAAAUCGAGGUGAUCCAAUGUACAAAUCAUUGUCCCCUGAGGCUAUGGUCAAGCUUUUUCUCAAUCGUUGGCGAGAAGAAGGAGAGAAGGCGAUUGACUGGAUUGGAUCAUUAGAGACAAAUGCUGGGGGAAUCGCUUCAACUAAACUUUUAUUUUGCGAUCGGGAGUUGAUUGAAAGACUAAUAUUUGAUGCUAAAUUCACCAAUAUUAAUUUUGAUCAAUGUAAAUCCAACUCAUCGAGGAAAACUGAUCCGAAACUUGUAUUGAAGCUUUUAUCAACUCGUUCGGGAUUAACAAGAGUUAAAUUGUAUCCUAUUAAAGAUCCAUUAUCAAUGUCGAAUUUUCCUGAUGAUUUUAUUCCCGUUAAGUCGAUUGAUGACCUUUACUACCAACGAUCAGUUGAAUUUUCAACAAGAGCCAAAGAGAAUUCGCUAUUGUUUUCAAUUUCAUUCGAUGCAGUUUCCAAUAAAAAGCAAUUGCAGGAUGUUUACGUUUCUGUCUCGAAAGCGGUCAUGCUGAGUUCGAAAAACUCUAAAGUAUCUGAUGUCCCAAUCGGCUCAGUAUUGGGUAAAAUCCCAUAUAAACCAUUCGCUGAAUCAUUCCUAAAGUCACCAGCAAUUUGUUCCGGAGGAAAUUGUCAAGUUAAUUGUGAUUCAAAUGAGAUUGAUUGUCUUCUAUUGGAUAACAAUGGUUACAUUAUUACUUCUGAUCGAGACUUUCAAGAUCCCGAUGGAUUAGUUCAUUAUGCUGGACUUUUUUUUGGACAACUGGACAGCGAUCUUUUGGAUGAUCUUGUCGAAAUUGGCUUAUAUACCAAGAUUAAACUAUUCGACUAUCAAGCGGUUUGCAUUGCUGAGGGCGAACGUCGUAGUGGAUCAGCAUCUUUAUGGUCAACAUUUGACUGGAUUAAAAGUCUUGUUACUUGGAUUUCCGGACAAUUUAUACUUAACACAAUCAAGAUUCUGAUUACGAUUGAUUGGACUAAUCACUAUUCACAUGUAUUAGCUGAUUACUUUUUACCAUCAGAUUAUGAUGUCGCAUAUUUGGAGAGACAAGCAAAACUUGAUUAUUUCAAUAACUCGGCUGGUAAUCUGAUUGCUCCUGCGAGAACUUCAUUUUAUCCAUGCGAUAAAUUUUUCCAUCUCUAUGAAGCUCAGAAUCUUAAGAAAUUCACCGAGCCAACAGCAAAGUCUUACACAUUGGAAGAUGGAUGCGAACAAAAUUAUGUUGUCCAAUCGAUUCCACAGACAAAUUUGAUUAUUCUAGUUUCGCAUAAUCAAUGUCCUUCAUCUCCAAAAAGACAAUCAAUUGUUCCUCAAGAAGUUACUUAUGAAUCGAAAACGGGUGAUCCAUGCGAGAAAAUAAACACUCAUCGAAAAUUCGAAAGAAAACGGCCUACAUCCUGCUUUGAUUUCCAUAAAAAGGAAUUCAAUAUCUCUAAACACGAUUGUGGUCGAGGUGCUAAUGUAAAAUCUAUUGGAAUCAUUGCCUUAAUUUGUUGGAUUAUAUUAAUUAACAAGCAAAUUAGUUUGUUACUUUUAAAUAGUUAAAAGCAAUUUAUUGUUCGUUUUUCAUUAAUAUCAUUUAUUGUAAUAAAAAUGACAAUCAAAGCAAUAAAAUUCAAUAUUGUACAAUGAA